AUGGGCAAGACGGUGGGUCGGUCGGGUGUGGUUGGGCGGCGACCUGGUGAACCUGCUGCCCAUGGGAGGGAGUCAGCUAAUCCUCCCCGUCCUGAAAAUUGUGAUGUUCACCCGGUUGCUGUGGCGGCUCGACGGAGAAGACUCCUGCUGGAGGACGAGUCGGAGGACGAGCUAUCGCCUUUGUUUGCCUCGCUUGGUGGCACAGAUCGGGAGGUGGAACGGAAGCCGGUGGGCAGAGGGCUGGAGAACAUGGCUUCCCAUGACAUGAACAUGGAGAGUGAUAUGCUCGACCAGUUGAAAUCGCACAACCUUGCUGAAACUAUGAAGCUUGCCAAAGCGUCCAGCCGCCGAUCAGGCCCUGAUAAAGCUGGUGGAAAAAACAAAAAGGGUCACGGAUUGGAAACAAGGGCCAAAAGGCAGAUCGGGAGUCAUCGAAGAAGGCGUCCAUUGAUAGUGGAAAAUGGGUGGACGUUCCUGUGA